GCCAAAUGCAAACGAAAAUCGAAGUUUAUAAAGAAUUUAUUCUAAAUCAUCGAAUCAGAUUGCGAGCCGUAUAUACCGAAAGUCACCUGUAAUAUUACGGUACGAAACGGUUUCGCUGGAGUUGGGAAUUUUUAUAUUUAAAUUAAAUUAUGCAGAUGAUAAAAUGUAUGUAUGUGGCAACAGCUGUUGUUCAUGACCUUGGCUUAAAAUGUUUGGAUUUUGUGCCUAAUGGCAGGAUCACGAGAAAAAAAAUUGACGCAACUUAAUUUGGCAGCCUUCCGCUGAAACUUGUUAAUCAGUGGCGUUCCAGUGAUUGAGUUAGUUUGGGUGCUGCACGGUGAACCAGGAUGCAAAUAAGAACUAGAAUAUAUCCCAAGAAUUUUGGUGAUGCUUGCGUGACAGUUUUUAUGUUCACUAUCAUUCCCCUAAUUUACUAUUUCGAGUUGUGGGUUGUCUUACCGAAAUUCUACAGUACCUGGAGCCUUCUGUACGCAUUCCACUUCUGUAUGGGAAAUUUUAUACUCCUAAAUGUGUGUUCUAACCUAAUGGCAGUCAUUUUGUGCGACACAAGCUUGAAAAACAAAAUAAUACCUUCUGAUGGAGGUCGUAAAUGGAAAUUUUGUUCCGUUUGUGAAACAGUAACUCCGCCCCGGUCUUGGCAUUGCAACACAUGCAACACAUGUAUUCUAAAACGAGACCAUCAUUGCAUGUUUACCAGUUGCUGUAUUGGACAUUAUAACCACCGUUAUUUUAUGGUAUUUGUGUCUUAUAUUUUCUUGGCCACUGUAUAUGCAACUUACUAUAACUUGUAUUUUAUUCAAGAUUAUAUAGUUGUAGUUUCCUGGUUGUCGGUGCUAAAGAUUGUGUUCCCUUUAGCAACUCUAUUUCUGGAGUUUACAGAAAUUCAACUGUAUGUUUUCUUUAUAUUGGUAGUGAUGCUUGGGGGAUUCUUUACAGGUACUCUUCUUUUUUACCACCUCAAUCUGAUUUUGAAAGGACGGGUUACACCCGAAAGGAAAGAAAAAAUGUCUCCAUAUGACAAGGGAAAAAUAGAAAAUUUCAAAAUAGUUUUUGGAGAAAGGUGGUAUUUAGUUUGGCUUUCACCAUUGAUAAAAAGUGAACUUCCAUGUGAUGGUAUCAAUUGGGAAACAAAAGGUUCUGUUAAAGGAAGGUAGUUUGAUUAUUAUAUACAUUCAUACAGUUUUCAAAUUUUUACACAAAUAAUUUUCCCACAAAUUAUUCAGAAAAAGGAAUAUGGCACGAACAUCAUUUAACAAGAGAUAUGACUACAAUUCUGUUUAUAAUCUCACUUUUAAAAUUACUUAGAAGUCAAUGAAACUCAAAAUUUAGUGCUAUUUACAGGGAAAUAAAUAAUUUUUCCAUGUUUUAUUCGUUUACGCAUUGAACACUGUAUUAAAUUAAUUUGUUAUGUACAGAUACAUCUAUAUUCACAAACGUGUACAAAUUAUUAAAUAAAAAUAGUAAAAAGAUUACUUCGUUUCUAAUUUGAUUUAAAAGCAGGUAACAAAAUUCAAUUGGUAGAUAAUCGACAUUAUGUUUGCCCCAGCAAAUUUAGUUUUUUAAGAAAACUAGUUUGCUGGCAUAAGCAAGGUGCACAAUUGGGUGUUUACAUUAAACGGUUGGUGGUUUCGUAAGUUUAUGUGUAUUUGAUCAAAUCAAAUCUUGGAAUUCAUCAAACUCUGAUUGACAAAAACCAAUAAAAUACGCAUUAACUUAAAAAACGGCCUCCUCUUGAACAUUGUUUCUAUUUGAUGUUCUCAUCUGCAAAAGUUGUAUCAAACUCGCCUUUUCACGUUCCAGGUUCGAUAUUCUGUCGUUUUUCUUGGUAACCUCCUGCAAAAAUUAUCAAUUUGACGUCAAGUAUAGGGUGAUCUAUGGUAAGUGUCCUGUUAAAAGGCCUAGACAAUUAAAACUUUUAACUAUGCUAUGGUUAAAUUUAUAGACAUGUGAUAAACGAAAAGUUUCCUACUUUUUUAGGUUAUUUUCAAAUUGCGACGCUGACACAAUUUUUUAAAUUGAAUUGAGCUUCGGCACCAGGUCAGUGUAAACUACAAUUUUUCAGGAAGUUUAAGGAGACAUAUUUUUCUUAGAGAUUUUAUGACACCUAUUUUUUUACAUAAAAUUAAACAUGCACGGAAUACAAAAUUUACAUGUAAAAAUUUUGCUUUAAGAAUAUUAUAGAACAGUUAUUAAACCAAAUGUAUUUUGUAAAUGAGCCUGAUUUUCACCGCUGAUUCUAUUGAAAAACUGGAGGUUUCA